AAAAAUUAGCAAAAUAAAUAAAUAAAAAAAGGAAAAGAAAGUAGAAAAGGAGAAAGAGAAGAUGGCGUGGCGAUGACUCAGUGGCUUGCAUCUACGCCUCAUCCUCUCUCUCCUUCUUCUCCGGCACAUCGAGCCUCUCCGAUCAGGUUCCAGAGCUUCCCAUAAGAAGAAGAAGAAGAAGAGGAGAUCUAGCAGCUAAUUGAGUAGAGGAGGAGAGAAUGUGUAGGCAUAAUUGUUGCGCGAAAUCGUCACAAGAGGAGGAGGUGGUUUCACCACCUGAUGAGAAUCUCUUGAUCUACUGUAAACCUGUUCGUCUCUACAACAUUCUUCGCAUUCGCUCCCUUUUCAACCCAUCGUUUCUUCCUAGAUGCUUGAGUUACAAUAUUCGUGCAAAGGGCAAAACAAAGUCCGGAUCUGCUGGGAUUGUAGUUUUUAAUUAUAAGGAUUGUAAUAACACAUUGCAGAAAACUGAAGGUGUGUGUGUGUGUGUGUGUUUUAUUAUGUUCUCUCAUGUCUAUUUCUCUCUACUUUUGUUUUUAUUUCCUGAAUUUUUUCACGCAGUGACGGAGAAUUGUUCUUGUCCAUUUUGCUAUAUGACAUGUGUUAGCUUCAAGGGGCUGCAACUUCAUUUGAAUUCGUUCCAUGACUUGUUUGAAUUUGAGUUCAUGCUUUCAGAAGAUGAUUACCAGACAGUUAAUGUCUCUGUAAGACUUGAUGCAUUCGAAUCAGAGGAAGAAGUCAACCAUCAAGAGAAAUAUGAGCUUAUCUCUUUUUGCUCGAAACCUCGUAAGCGUAGACAAAGAGGUGGUAAAAAUAACGCCAGGCGACUAAACGUAACCUUUUUACCCAUGGAUUCACCUAGUUUAGCCAAUGGCACUGAUAAUGGAACCUCCCUACUGAGUAAUGGAAACCAUAGUUUAGGAUAUCCCGUGGCAACACAAUUUGGGAUGAACAAUUCUUCACCAGCCAUAGCUCAAUGUUCGCUGGACUCGAAUGCCAAAGCUGUGUUAGCAAGCGAAGCUGUGGUCUCGGCUGCUAAGUCAAGAAAGUUAUCUGCUGAGCGAUCAGAGGCUAGAAGCAACCUACUUCUUCAGAAACGCCAGUUCUAUCACUCUCACAGAGUUCAGCCAAUGUCACUUGAGCAAGUAAUGUCUGAUCGAGAUAGCGAAGAUGAAGUGGAUGAUGACGUUGCAGAUCUGGAAGAUCGCCAGCUGCAGAUGCUUGAUGAUUUCGUGGAUGUGAAUAAGAACGAAAAGAGAUUCAUGCAUCUUUGGAACUCUUUUGUAAGAAAACAAAGGGUUGUGGCGGAUGGUCAUAUACCAUGGGCAUGUGAAGCUUUUUCCAAGUUUCACAAGGAAGAGUUGCUUCAUUCCUCACCACUCUUCUGGUGCUGGAGAUUAUUUAUGAUAAAACUAUGGAACAUUGGACUUGUAGACUCGGCCACCAUCAACAACUGCAAUAUCAUCCUCGAGAAUUGUGAUAGUAACUCAGACAACAAGAACAAGAACAUGAGUGCGGACGUUGGCAUCGACAUUAACAGUAACGCCAUGGAUGUUGACGACGAUGUCAAUAACAGCAAAGCCAAGUGAUAGGAAGAUUUUCCUGACUUAAAAGAACCCGGCUGCAACCUUCAUCUGUUUUAUUAGUCUGCAAACUGAUUUCAUUUUUUUUUGUCAUCAACUGACUCCAAUCUAUUAAAUUUAAGUUUAGUAGGAAGAAUGAUAAUUCGGAUAGGUAAAUUUUUUUUUUUUUUGCCAGUUGAGCAUGCUCAUCGCAAACUACAGUUAAAAAAUAGAUUCUGCUAAAUUUUAUCAGUAAUAAUUUAAGACUAAAAUAUGGGAGAUUUUCCCAGAUAAAUAAGAGAUAUAACUAAUUGUUUCUUUUUA